AUGUUCGGUGUGCUCACAGCGCUCGGCGCGCCAUCACUCACCAAUUUAUCUCUUGGAAUUGUAAUCAAACUCUCACAAAAGAAGAACCCACCACCACCAGAAGUCCAACAACAAGUCGCGGCAGCUGUCGCCCAAGCACGAGCAGCUCAACCGCCACGCUCCCGUCCCAAACUCCCCGACGUCGACCCGUUGCUUCUACCGAAGAGGGAAGUAUUUGCUUACGAUGAUAUUGGGGAUGCCUUGGAGGCGUUCGGAAGAGGUCAGAUGUUGGUUCUUGUCAGUGAGGAUGAAGCGAUAGAGGACAGUGAAGCAGGAGCAGUGGAGGGUGUCUUGGUGGUUUCGGCGGAUGAAGUGUGGACGGAGCAGCUUGCAUGGAUGAUCAAAUGGACAAGCGGAUUCGUAACCAUCGCUGUUCCUCAAGAGACUCUCGAAGACCUCGAAAUAUUGAUGAUGUCGGAUGCGGCUAUGAACAUCGACAGACGCGGCAAGGGCAAAGGCAAAGGAAAGGUGCGAACGCCAGAGAAGAAGAAAAAUGAAGGCGAGCCUGAGUACGCCGUCGGUGUUGACUAUAAGCAUGGCACGACGACUGGCAUUUCAGCUCGCGACCGAGCCCUUACCGCACGUGCACUCGCCAGUCCCGACACUGAACCAACAGACUUCAUUCGCCCUGGUCACCUCAUCCCCGUUCUCGCUCGUCCUAUCUCCGCUUCCUCUUCGACUGAAAAGAACCGUCGUCGACCUCCUAAGUCCAAACGGUCACCCGCUCCACCACCACCACACCCUUCACAUUCCUUCGCUUCAGCCUCGGUCACUCUCUGCGAUAUGACGGGUCAUGAGGCUGCGGCGCUCAUGGCUACCUUGGUGCACGGUAACGAAGAUGACAAGACCUUUGAGAGAAAGGAGGGAGAUCAGAGCCAGGAAGACGAGGAAGUGAGGGCAGAGAGGGAAAUGAAGAGGGAGAGGAAUAAGAAGGGAGGCUUGAUGACGAAGGAGGACUGCAGAGCAUUUGCUGACAAGUGGGGGUUGAAGAUGAUCAGUGUGGGUUUGGUAAAGAAGGAGUGGGAAGAGAGAAAGAAGAGAGAGAAUGAGAAAAGUAAAGGCAAAGGAAAGCAGACCUCUUAUCCUACGCGUUCCGUUGGACAAUUGGAGCAGGAAUACGACUUUAUUAUAGCAGGAGGUGGUACCGCAGGAUGCGUUCUCGCUCGUCGUCUGAGCGAAGGUGGAAAGUACACUGUAUUGCUUGUUGAGAGAGGAGAUACUGGUGAUUCAAUUCUACACCGCACUCCUCUUCCCUCUCUCCAUCACUGGUCGGAUGGAAAGCACAGCACCGUGUUCGACAGCGCGCCACAUCGUGAGAUUGGCCGCUCGUUUUCGCUUGUAUCUGGAAUGGGACUGGGUGGAAGCACGCGUAUCAACGGUGGGCAGUAUACGUGUGGGGUACCCGGCGAGUUCAAUGCAUGGAACCAGGCUGGAAGGGAGGGCUGGAGCUAUCAGGAUUUAAAGCCAUAUUUCUUAAAGUCAGAAAGAUGGACGGGUCCAGUUCCGAAGGAGUGGCAUGGCUCGAAUGGCCCAUUGAAUGUUUUCUCAUACGACGGCUACUAUUACGGGUCUUCUCAGAAGGCUGCUGAGGCUGCGGAGACCAUCGGCUUCGAUCCCAUUCUAGAUAUGCAUUCUCCACUUGAACCAAGCGUCGGAUUUAACAAGAUGCAGUUUACCGUUGGCGCCGAUGGGACGCGUCAAUCAGCCUUCCGCGCCUAUCUACCGAAGGAAGUGGCCCAAUCUCGAAUUCAGAACCUGCACAUCUGCACCCGAGCGGUAGUAGGAAAGCUAGGGUUUUCUCGAAACGACAAUGACUUGCGUGCGGAAUCUGUUGAGAUACAUGCCGCAGAUAGCCUAGGUAGUGUUCGGACAAUCAAGGCUAAGCAGGAGGUGAUCCUGACGUGUGGCACAUUGGAAACACCUCAUGUCCUGCUGUUGAGUGGCGUUGGGCCUCAUGAUCAUCUCCGAGAUAUGGGUGUCGAAGUCGUCCAAAACUUAGCGGGUGUUGGAAAGCAUCUGCAGGACCAUCUUUUCGUUCCAACCGCUUACAAUUGCCCUCUGGGUGACUCGGCAUGGGCCAUGAUCAUACGCCCGACGACGCUGAUUAAUCAGUUAUACAAGUACGUUCGACACGGCACCGGAUGGUUCUUGUGUACACUGGUCGAGAUGGAAAUUUUCGGGGUAUCUUCUGGUAUCCGCAAGGACGGCAAACUCGUUGCUCUUUCAGACCAACAAAGGGAUCCAAUUGACCCUCAAAACCUGCCUGACUUUUCCGUCAUGACUUGCGCCAUUGCUGAUCCUAGAGGUCCUGACGCAGACAAAUCGAAAGGAUUCUUCGGUCUUAACUGCGGACUUCUCAGAACCAAAUCUCAGGGGCACAUCCGCCUACGCUCCCUCAACCCUCAAGACCACCCGAUCUGCGACAUGAAUUACCUCUCCUGUCCCGAAGAUUGGUCCGCUCUACGUGCCGCCCUUCGCGUGUCAGCGGAGCUCGCCCGACAAAUACGUGCGGACGGGUAUCCUCUCAGUGAAGUCAGCGUCCCCAACUCCCUCGACGAUGCGACUUUGGACGAGUACAUCAAGGAAAAAGUGGACACGAUGUACCAUUAUUCGAGUACUUGUAGGAUGGCGGCCUUAGAUGACCCGAUGCCGGGGGUCGUGGAUGAUGAGUUGCGGGUACAUGGGAUCGAGAAUUUGAGGAUUGCGGAUGCCAGUGUUCUGCCUUGUGCUCCGGCGACGCACCCUCAGGCACUGAUCUACGCCAUUGCGGAGAAGUGUGCUGAUAUGGUGAUGAGGUCUCACGAAUAGUGGCGGGAGGGCAUUGGCGUAGUGUUUGUUGUUGCAACUUCUUACCCCCAAUAAAAGAGUUUGAGUGGUACACUGUCGACGUCGUCUGAUUCUUGUAUACAUCAGUUACCCGAACAAAGAUAUAGCGACAA